AUGCGUAAACAAGGACAGCCAGGUGAUGUGGAGGAGUCAUGCAGCGAGGAUGAUGGGAGUGUCGGUUUGGUUGAAGUGAUUGGUGAAGUGGAUGAGGAGGGACGGGAUGAUCGUGAUGCCGUGACAUAUGGUGGGGCGCUGGUCGAGGUGUUUGGUAGGGAUCCCGGAACUGCCGGUGAUGUUGGUCUUGGUGAACGCACAACCACGAACUCAGACUUGCCCACUCAAACAGAUAAUUCGGCGGGGACACAGAUAGACAUCACCCAAGAGAGUCAGGCAGGACGAGUGUGGGAUACUUCGGUGGCCGAGCAGGUGGAAGGGUUGAGGAUUGCGGAGGACGUGGUUGCAGGGUGUAUACGGCGGAUGCAGGGAUUACUCCUGCAGCGUGAUGUGGCAAGACAGGCAGGAGAGGAACGUGCAACAACUGAAGCAGGGGUUGAGAGGGCAGCAGGGGAUGGGAGGACACCCGGGGUUGCGAGGGCAGCAGGGGAUGGCAAGGCAGCAGGGGAUGGCAAGGCAGCAGGGGAUGGCAAGGCAGCAGGGGAUGGCAAGGCAGCAGGGGAUGGCAAGGCAGCAGGGAAUGGCAAGGCAGCAGGGGAUGGCAAGGCAGCAGGGGAUGGCCUGGCAGCAGGGGAGCGGCGGACAGGCAGGGUUGGGAGGGCGGCAGCGGAUGGGAGAGCAGCAGGGGAUGGCAAGGCAGCAUGGGAUGACAGGGCAGCAGGGGAGCAGCGGACAGGCGGGGUUGGGAGGGCAGCAGAGGAUGGGAGGGCAGCAGGGGUUGGGAGGGCAGCAGGGGUUGGGAGGGCAGCAGGGGUUGGGAGGGCAGCAGGGGUUGGGAGGGCAGCGGGGGUUGGGAGGGCAGCGGGGGUUGGGAGGGCAGCGGGGGCUGGGAGGGCAGCGGGGGUUGGGAGGGCAGCAGGGGUUGGGAAGGCAGUAGGGGAUGGGAGGGCAGCAGGGGAUGGCAAGGCAGCAUGGGAUGACAGGGGAGCAGGGGUUGGGAGGGCAGCAGGGGAUGGGAGGGCAGCAGGGGUUGGGGGGGCAGCAGGGGUUGGGAGGGCAGCAGGGGAUGGCAAGGCAGCAUGGGACGACAGGGGAGCAGGGGUUGGGAGGGCAGCAGGGAAUGGGAGGGCAGCAGGGGUUGGGGGGGCAGCAGGGGUUGGGAGGGCAGCAUGGGAUGACAGGGCAGCGUGGGAUGACAAGGGAGCAGGGGUGGGAGGGCAGUAG